UUCCGACUGGCGCCUGUCUCGGCCCCCGCGCCAGUUUCGGGCUGCUUGGCGCGGAAUCGGGAGACUUCGGGACCAUGGCGCCUGUCCACGGUGAUGGCUGCGAGCUGGGGGAGAGCGCUGUGUCAGAUUCAGGGAAUCUUACAGCUUCUCGAUCUCGGCGAGAAAAGAAAUCAAAGAAAGGACGCCAAGAAGCUCUAGAAAGACUGAGAAAGGCUAAAGCUGGUGAGAAAUAUAAAUACGAAGUUGAGGACUUCACAAGCGUUUAUGAAGAAGUUGAUGAGGAACAGUAUUCAAAGCUGGUGCAGGCACGCCAGGAUGAUGACUGGAUUGUGGAUGAUGAUGGUAUUGGCUAUGUGGAAGAUGGCCGGGAGAUUUUUGAUGAUGACCUUGAAGAUGAUGCCCUUAAUUCCCAAGAGAAAGAGAAAGAUAAUAAAACCCGCCUCAAAGACAAGAGAAAUGUGAAGAAGGCUCCUGUGACAAAACCAAAUGACAUCAAGUCAAUGUUCAUUGCUAGUGCUGGGAAGAAAACUGCAGAUAAAUCUGUAGACUUGUCCAAGGAUGAUCUGCUAGGUGACAUUUUACAGGAUCUGAACAUGGAGGCUCCUCAAAUAACUCUACCACCUGUAAUAAUACCUAAGAAGAAAAGAUCCUGUGGUACUUCACUGAACCCUUUCUCUAUGCGCACCCCUAAGGCAGCUCCUUCAGGAAAGACUGCUCCUCCCAUAUCAAAGAAGGAACUUUCAUUAACUCCUGCUCCUCAUAAAUGUGCUGAAUUUGCUGGAGAGCCAGUGGCAGCCUUGCCUACAGAUGACAAGGAGGAACCAGGGCCAAUGAAUUUUGAAGAUGAUGACUUUGAUGAGCCCAUGGAAACGGAGGAGGUGGAUGUGGAGCCAGUGGUUGCCAAGGCUUGGGAUCAAGAGAGUGAACCAGUAGAGGAUGUGAAACAUGAGGCAGAACCUGGGAAAGGGACCAUAGGAAGUUUUCUCCCAGGUGUCUCUUGUUGGGAUAUUGAGCAGGAAGGAGACAACAAUUUCUCAGCCCCAGAAGUGCAAGUGGAUGCUAACCACCUCCCACUAGUUAAAGGGGAAGAUGAGGAACAAGUGUUUCAAUUUUACUGGCUGGAUGCUUAUGAAGAUCAGUUCAGUCAACCAGGUGUGGUAUUUCUGUUUGGCAAAGUUUGGAUUGAAUCAGCCCAAACCUAUGUGAGCUGUUGUGUCAUGGUGAAAAACAUCGAACGAACACUAUACUUCCUUCCCCGGGAAACGAAAAUUGAUAUAAAUACAGGAAAAGAAACAGGAGCUCCAGUUACAAUGAAAGAUGUCUAUGAUGAGUUUGAUGAGAAAAUAGCAGCAAAAUAUAGAAUUAUGAAGUUCAAGUCCAAGAUAGUGGAAAAAAACUAUGCCUUUGAAAUACCUGACGUCCCAGAAAAAUCUGAGUAUUUGGAAGUCAGAUAUUCGGCUGAAAUGCCACAGCUUCCUCAGGAUUUGAAAGGAGAAACUUUCUCUCACGUAUUUGGAACCAACACAUCCAGCUUGGAGCUGUUCUUGAUGAACAGAAAGGUCAAAGGACCUUGUUGGCUAGAAGUAAAAAACCCACAGCUCUUGAAUCAGCUAAUCAGUUGGUGUAAGGUUGAGGCAAUGGCUUUGAAACCAGACCUGGUGAAUGUAGUUAAAGAUGUCAGUCCUCCUCCACUGGUGGUGAUGUCUGUCAGUAUGAAGACGAUGCAGAAUACAAAAACACACCAAAAUGAGAUUAUUGCUAUUGCAGCUUUGGUCCAUCACAGCUUUGCAUUAGACAAAGCACCCCCACAGCCUCCCUUUCAGUCACACUUCUGUGUUGUGUCUAGCCCAAGGGACUGCAUUUUCCCAUAUAAUUUCCAAGAAGAUAUAAAUAAAAAGAAUGUGAAGGUUGAGCUUGCUGCAACAGAAAGAACACUGCUCGGUUUUUUCCUUGCAAAAGUUCACAAAAUUGAUCCUGAUAUUAUUGUGGGUCAUAAUAUUUAUGGGUUUGAACUGGAAGUGCUACUGCAGAGAAUUAAUAUGUGCAAAGUUCCUCACUGGUCCAAGAUAGGCCGACUGAAGCGAUCCAACAUGCCAAAGCUUGGGGGCCGUAGUGGAUUUGGAGAAAGGAGUGCUACCUGUGGUCGAAUGAUCUGUGAUGUGGAAAUUUCAGCAAAGGAAUUGAUUCGUUGUAAAAGCUACCAUCUGUCUGAGCUUGUUCAACAGAUUCUGAAAACUGAAAGGGUUUUCAUCCCAGUGGAAAAUGUACGAAAUAUGUACAGCGAAUCUUCUCAUCUGUUGUACCUGUUGGAACACACCUGGAAAGAUGCCAGAUUCAUUUUGCAGAUCAUGUGUGAACUAAAUGUUCUUCCAUUAGCAUUGCAGAUCACUAAUAUCGCUGGGAACAUUAUGUCUAGGACACUGAUGGGUGGACGAUCUGAGAGGAAUGAGUUCUUGUUACUUCAUGCAUUUUAUGAAAACAACUAUAUCGUGCCUGACAAGCAGACUUUCAGAAAACCUCAACAAAAACUGGGGGAUGAAGAUGAAGAAAUUGAUGGAGAUGUCAGUAAAUACAAGAAAGGGCGUAAGAAAGCAGCGUAUGCUGGAGGCUUGGUCUUGGACCCUAAAGUUGGUUUUUAUGAUAAGUUCAUUUUGCUUCUGGACUUCAACAGUUUGUAUCCUUCCAUCAUUCAGGAAUUUAAUAUUUGUUUCACGACUGUGCAAAGAGUUGCUUCAGAGGCACAGAAAGUCACAGAGGAUGAAGAACAAGAACAGAUCCCUGAGCUGCCAGAUCCAGGCUUAGAAAUGGGCAUUUUACCCAGGGAAAUCCGCAAACUGGUAGAGAGGAGAAAGCAAGUUAAACUGCUAAUGAAGCAGCAAGAUUUAAAUCCAGAUCUUGUUCUUCAGUAUGACAUUCGACAGAAGGCUUUGAAACUUACAGCAAAUAGUAUGUAUGGCUGCCUGGGAUUUUCCUACAGCAGAUUUUAUGCCAAGCCUCUGGCCGCUUUGGUGACAUACAAGGGAAGAGAGAUUUUGAUGCAUACCAAAGAGAUGGUACAGAAGAUGAAUCUUGAAGUUAUUUAUGGAGAUACAGAUUCAAUUAUGAUAAAUACCAAUAGUACCAAUCUGGAAGAAGUAUUUAAAUUGGGAAACAAGGUAAAAGGUGAAGUGAAUAAAUUGUACAAACUGCUUGAAAUAGACAUUGAUGGUAUCUUCAAGUCUCUAUUAUUGCUGAAGAAGAAGAAAUACGCUGCUCUGGUUGUAGAAACUACAGCUGAUGGGAAUUACUCCACCAAACAGGAGCUGAAAGGAUUAGACAUAGUUAGGAGAGAUUGGUGUGAUCUUGCUAAAGAAACUGGAAACUUUGUCAUUGGCCAAAUUCUCUCUGAUCAAAGCCGGGACACAAUAGUGGAAAAUAUUCAGAAGCGGCUAAUAGAAAUUGGAGAAAAUGUGCUAAAUGGCAGUGUCUCAGCGAGCCAGUUUGAAAUUAACAAGGCAUUGACAAAGGAUCCUCAGGACUACCCUGAUAAAAAAAGCCUACCUCAUGUACAUGUUGCCCUCUGGAUAAAUUCUCAAGGUGGCAGAAAGGUGAAAGCUGGAGAUACUGUGUCGUAUGUCAUCUGCCAGGAUGGUUCCAACCUCACGGCAAAUCAAAGGGCAUAUGCACCCGAGCAGCUGCAGAAGCAGGACAGCUUGAGCAUUGACACCCAGUACUACCUGGCGCAGCAGAUCCACCCAGUUGUAGCUCGGAUCUGUGAACCGAUUGAUGGAAUUGAUGCUGUGCUCAUUGCAACAUGGUUAGGACUCGACCCCACCCAAUUUAGAGUUCAUCAUUUUCAUAAAGAUGAAGAGAAUGAUGCUCUGCUUGGUGGCCCUGCACAGCUCACUGAUGAAGAGAGAUACAGGGACUGCGAAAGAUUCAAGUGUCCCUGCCCUACCUGUGGAACUGAGAAUAUUUAUGAUAGUGUCUUCGAUGGUUUGGGAACUGAUUUGGAGCCCAGCUUGUAUCGUUGUAGUAACAUCAACUGUAAGACUUCACCUCUGGCCUCUACAGUACAGCUGAGCAACAAACUGAUUAUGGACAUUAGGCGUUGCAUUAAAAAAUACUAUGAAGGCUGGUUGAUUUGUGAGGAGCAAACAUGUCGAAACCGAACUCGCCACCUUCCCCUACAGUUCUCUCGGAAUGGACCUCUUUGCCAAGUCUGCAUGAAAGCAACCCUUAGACCAGAGUAUUCUGACAAGUCCCUGUACACCCAGCUGUGCUUUUACCGGUACAUUUUUGAUGUGGACUGUGCACUGGAGAAACUUAUUACCGAUCAUGAGAAAGAUAAAUUGAAGAGGCAGUUUCUGACCCCCAAAGUUCUUCAGGACUACAGAAAACUCAAGAACACAGCAGAGCAGUUCUUGACCCGAAGUGGCUACUCAGAAGUGAACCUCAGCAAACUCUUUGCUGAGUGUGCCUUCAAGUCCUGAGGGAGUCCCCAGAGCAUGCAUGGGAAAGGGUGGUAGAAGACUGUGGAAGAAUCUCUGCAGCUUCCCUGGUGCCUCCACCAAAGCCCUGACUGCUUCUCCAGCAUCUGCUUUUGCCUUUGGAACUGCAGCUCAUUUGUAGGGGAGGGUUCUGGGCAGUCAGGGGAAAUAAUUGAAACUGACUGGAAUGAGAGUGCUUUGUGCCCCCCCCCCCUCCCCACCCCUAUGUGUUGUCAUCCGGUCCUGUGUGUCAUGCCCCCCCCCCCAAGGGUGCCUCCAAAAAGAGAAGUUCAGGGAGCCUGGUAGGAUGCUAACAUGUUUCCUUUUCACACGCCAAUUAAGCCCAGUCUGAACCCAAGGCUCCCCGGCUGCUGGCUCCAAGAGUACUGUCUGUUUUCAGUCUUGUCUUUUAUAGAGGUAGCCAAGGGAGAGAUUUAGAAGCCUGAUAGAUUAAACAGCGCUUGCUUGUUUAUUGAACUGCUCCAAAGUCCACCGUGUACGCACUCACAGGGCAGGUGUUUUAUCCUCACACUUCUUAUUUCCUUUUUUUUUUUUUUCUUCUUUUUUAAAAAGAAAGACCUUUAGUGGGAAAUCUAGGUAAAAGUUUAUACAGUAGGAAACCACAUUUAAAAUAAUUUGAACUUCUGUAACAUUUCAUUAAGAUGUGUAGAGGUUGGGACAAGGAUCUAUUGUUAUAUUCAGAAAAAUGGUGGGGAGGGAGGGUUAAUUGGGUCUGGUACUCUUUUUUUCUCUUUGCUUCAGAACUGUGGCCUCUUUGCUAGAAGUCAAAUGCAUAACAAUACAGCAGUCUCUCCUUUCUUACAUUCUUGGUAAGAUUAUAGUAACAAAACAUAUUCCCCCUUGUACACUUACACUAUAUUUUAAAAUAUAUAUGUGGGUUUUUAUAAAGUAAAAUUAUGUUGUGUGCUUUUUUAUUUUAACUCAAGAAUAAAGUGUUCUAAAGAGAAACCAGGUGUGAUG